AUGAGUCUGGACAAGGAUGUGCCAUUCUCUCGGAUGCUGGUGGGGCGAUUCAAGCAGAAUCGAAAAUCCAGGAAGCAACUGACAGAGCUCCGCACACAGCUACUGCGUCAAGCCAUUCUUAAUAAUUACAUGUGUAAGGUAAAUCCUCCCAAAACAUGGAACAAAAAGAGGGUGAUACGGGAGGCGAAGAAGAAGGAGAAGGAGAUACAUCAUUUGGUGGAAGAGAAUCGUUAUGAUGAGCUAGAAGAUGAUUGGUUUCAGGUAGUGGGAGAUGUAGCUGGAGAGGUAGAGAUAGAGGAAGAAAAAGAGAAGGUGGAGAAUACACAGGUAGUGGAUGAGGUCGAAACGGAGGAAAUAAAAGAGAAGGAAAGUGAGAAGGUGAAAAUGGAAGCAAUUACAGGAGACAAAGAGACAGAUGAGUACUGUUACUUACAGGAAGACAUCAACACUAGAGAACAGAAUUUAGAGACUGAUGAAGACCUGAUAAGUUUGACCCCUGUUAAGGUAAAUGCUCCCAAAACAUGGAACAAAAAGAGGGUGAUACGGGAGGCGAAGAAGAAGGAGAAGGAGAUACAUCAUUUGGUGGAGGAGAAUCAUUAUGAUGAGCUAGAAGAUGAUUGGUUUCAGGUAGUGGGAGAUGUAGCUGGAGAGGAGAAGGUGGAGAAUACACAGGUAGUGGAUGAGGUCGAAAUGGAGGAAAUAAAAGAGAAGGAAAGUGAGAAGGUGAAAAUGGAAGCAAUUACAGGAGACAAAGAGACAGAUGAGUACUGUUACUUACAGGAAGACAUCAACACUAGACAACAGAAUUUAGAGACUGAUGAAGACCUGAUAAGUUUGACCCCUGUUAAGGUAAAUGCUCCCAAAACAUGGAACAAAAAGAGGGUGAUACGGGAGGCGAAGAAGAAGGAGAAGGAGAUACAUCAUUUGGUGGAGGAGAAUCAUUAUGAUGAGCUAGAAGAUGAUUGGUUUCAGGUAGUGGGAGAUGUAGCUGGAGAGGAGAAGGUGGAGAAUACACAGGUAGUGGAUGAGGUCGAAACGGAGGAAAUAAAAGAGAAGGAAAGUGAGAAGGUGAAAAUGGAAGCAAUUACAGGAGACAAAGAGACAGAUGAGUACUGUUACUUACAGGAAGACAUCAACACUAGAGAACAGAAUUUAGAGACUGAUGAAGACCUGAUAAGUUUGACCCCUGUUAAGGUAAAUGCUCCCAAAACAUGGAACAAAAAGAGGGUGAUACGGGAGGCGAAGAAGAAGGAGAAGGAGAUACAUCAUUUGGUGGAGGAGAAUCAUUAUGAUGAGCUAGAAGAUGAUUGGUUUCAGGUAGUGGGAGAUGUAGCUGGAGAGGAGAAGGUGGAGAAUACACAGGUAGUGGAUGAGGUCGAAACGGAGGAAAUAAAAGAGAAGGAAAGUGAGAAGGUGAAAAUGGAAGCAAUUACAGGAGACAAAGAGACAGAUGAGUACUGUUACUUACAGGAAGACAUCAACACUAGAGAACAGAAUUUAGAGACUGAUGAAGACCUGAUAAGUUUGACCCCUGCUAAGGUAAAUGCUCCCAAAACAUGGAACAAAAAGAGGGUGAUACGGGAGGCGAAGAAGAAGGAGAAGGAGAUACAUCAUUUGGUGGAGGAGAAUCAUUAUGAUGAGCUAGAAGAUGAUUGGUUUCAGGUAGUGGGAGAUGUAGCUGGAGAGGAGAAGGUGGAGAAUACACAGGUAGUGGAUGAGGUCGAAACGGAGGAAAUAAAAGAGAAGGAAAGUGAGAAGGUGAAAAUGGAAGCAAUUACAGGAGACAAAGAGACAGAUGAGUACUGUUACUUACAGGAAGACAUCAACACUAGAGAACAGAAUUUAGAGACUGAUGAAGACCUGAUAAGUUUGACCCCUGUUAGAAUAUGCCAGGACAAGAACUGUAGCUGUUCCACUUUAUGGUCUUCUAACGAAUUACCCAAUAGUUAUCAACAGUAUUAUUACGAAAACUGGCACAGCAGCGCUUUUCCUGAAAAACAAGUGUUCACUGAUCUGGCAGAGUGCAUGUCUUCGCCCGUACCUACUGAUGGUGAAGACUUUAGGUAUUACACGUAUCUAGAGUCAGAGGACGAAGAGAUGUUAGAAAAGUCAUGGAACGAAUGUUUUGAAUCUCAAGAAUCUCAUCUAGGGCAAGAUGCGGUAGAGGCAAACAUGUCUACUGGAUCAGUUACGGAUAAUGAAGGUGCACACAUUGAAGAGUCUCAGUUUGAGCCUCACAGACAAUAUGGCUGGAAAAGACUAAAAUUAACAGCAGUUUCAACAGUUUUUGAUGUCCUUAAUCCUCCGCAAAAUCUGUCCAAUAAGCGUAAGAAAGGAAUUGGCUUGCCAAAACCAGGGAUACUUUUGAACAGAACUUCAACAGCAUCAAAAUCUAAAGCUGCAGAAACAGAAUCAGUGGCUGCAUUAAAGCGAAUAGUAGCAGAAUUGGAGGCAGAGCAUCAAAAGUUAAAAAAAGAAGUGGAAGAAGACAAGGGAAGCCUCUCAUUUCUCUCAGAGGAACAAAUUUCCAAUACAAGAAAAAAUGCAAAUGCUAUUAAACAGUGGUCUGAUGUAGUUGAAGCAGUGGAUGAAAAUAGUAGAAUGUGCUGUAUGAGCAUUGAUGAGGUGGAAAUUAGUGGUACAAAGGAUUUUGAUAACAUAAGCAAGAAGUUUGUAGGAAAUGUAACAUUAGAUGCUAAAGAAGUAACAGGAAACCAUUACACAGGUGUUCUUCUCUGA